AAAAAUCAUCAGCUCAUCUCAAAUUCAAAACUUUUCAAAUCCGUUCCUACAGAGAGAGUUGCAGACAUGUCUGGAAGAGGCAAGGGAGGAAAGGGGCUAGGAAAGGGAGGAGCAAAACGUCAUCGAAAGGUUCUCCGGGACAACAUCCAGGGAAUUACCAAACCGGCGAUCCGUCGUUUGGCCAGACGUGGCGGCGUUAAGCGUAUCAGCGGUCUGAUCUACGAAGAAACUCGUGGUGUUCUCAAGAUCUUUCUAGAAAAUGUCAUCCGUGAUGCUGUUACCUACACCGAGCAUGCUCGCCGGAAGACUGUCACCGCCAUGGAUGUCGUCUAUGCUUUGAAACGUCAAGGACGUACCCUUUACGGUUUCGGUGGUUAGGGUUUUUAUUUGGUUUAGGUAUUUCUUGCCUUUUAUGCACCGAUUUAGAUCUCUAGUGUUUAGAUUUCAGUUCACCUUGUUGAUGCUUAGUUAUGUAUGUCAUUCAAUGCAAUCGAAACCUUAUCGAUUCAAUAUUAAUCAAGAUCUUAGCUUAUUUUCGUAUUUA